UCUGCGUGCAAGCGACAACGACCGAGUUCCAUUUAUUGUCCAUCUCUCGUUGCCUCACAAACUGCUUCUAGGUCUUCUACAUUAGCUAUAAUGAACGUACAAAUGUAUUUAUGAUGUAGUUUAGUUGGAAAUUUAGCAAUUCAUAUAGAAAUAUUAGAAACUAAAUUCAUGCUGGAUAUUACCACAAGCAUUGGUGACAUUGAAGUCACAAUUUAGCAAUAGGAAGCGAUUUUGCAAUGCUAUGUUACAAUUCACAUCUAACUUCAAUCUUUGAAAUCUUCACAUAAAUCCCACAGAGCUGUCGAGUUACUUUAAGCCGCUGUUUACCAGCCUCUUUCUCUUCCCCUCCUUCCUUCUCUCGCCACCUUGACCUUGGACUUCAUCUACUUCCGGAAAGAACCCCUUUGUCUGCAUACCAGUGAUGCGAUUAACUUGAGACAGCGGCAUACUUUUAACUCCGAUCCUGCAUUUGCUCGGAGUUCUGAAUAAAAGUAGUUACUCGAAAUAUGACGUUAGCACGAUUUUUUCUCUGUCAUUAAAAGUAGGAGUAGUUCACUUGUUAUUUCUUCUCCUGAGAAUAUCUAGCAUCCGCAUGUUCCUAAACGCGCUGUGCUCAUUCAACUCAUAUAGUUCCCAAACUAAAUUUACCCCGUUUUCCUGAACAUUUAGCUUCCCAAAUUCUAGUCUCCUUACCUAUGCUUUGAUAGAUAGAAAGAUAGGCAUUGGAUUUACUGAUAUGAAAGCUUUUUUCUUCAUGUUAUUAAUUUAAAGGCUGUUGUGACUAUUUCAUUUAAUACAGACCAAGUCAUUUCAAAAUGUAUGGGUUCAUUAAUCUAUCCAUAUUGGGGACGAACGUAGAUAGAAUUCGACGCGUUUCAAUGAAAUAACAGCACAUGUCCCUUUGACGUUAAAAAAAACUAAGAUUGAAAAUGUCUUAUUUUUUAAUAUGACAAUCGUUGGGUUGCUCGUACGCAGAAUGAUGCUUUAUAAUUAUUUAGAGUUUUCAAUUGCUUAGUGUCGAAUAUAUUGUCGUAAGUUUCUCUAAGUGUCAAAUUCGUCAACAACUUUACGUGUACGGGAACUGUAAGUUUGGGCAAGGUAUCUAGUGAAAGAGUAAGAUGGGCCCUCAGUUUUUCAUAAUAUUCCUCUCGGAAAAACAAGUCACAAAAUCUAACCUCUUUUCAUUAUCCAUUUAGUAAAAUAUGGCUGUGGUUGCUGUUAUCACUGAUAACUGUAGCAUCUUAUUCGUGUCUAAAAAUCUUCCCAAAAUGGAAUUAUUUCGUUUUAAUUAAUCGAAAAUUGUUUUGUAAUACCCGUAGCGCAUUAAGGACGAGUCGUUUAUUCUAAGGUAAGAUGUAAAAUAUUGUUUGAUUUGUCUCACAAAUUGUGGUUUUACCAAAUUUGAGAACGCGUGCACGGAAAAUUAAUGUUGAUGGAUGAAGAAAUACUUUUCUACAUAUUAUUAUUAAAGUACACUGGGCUGAUCAAAAUAUGCCCUGCUUCCAACAGUGGAGUUACAUCAGCGAAUAUUUGCUUUUCUCUCAUCAGGCCCUUGGGUGAAUUCAAUCAUGCAUUCGAAUUAUGCUGGAACUUAACCUCAAAGUCUAAAACCUUCAUAUUUUACAUAAUUAAACCAAGGCAUAAAGAAAGGAAAACGGCAUUUCCUUUUUUUUUGUAAAAGGCGAUUCCUUUUCCGAAAUCAUACUUGUUUGACACAUGCAACAGGAGAGUAGCAAUUGAGAAAAAUGUAAAUUGAUUAUAUGCGAAAUGCAAACUAUUCCCAAUAUGUGUUAAUCUUACACUGAAAACGCAAUAUGAUCAUAUACAAUCAGGUUAUUGCAUGGCAAUCAGAAUGAAUAUCAGACAUCUACACUCGCCAUAGUCUGGGAACACAUCAGCAGAAAUUAAGGAAAAUACUGAAUAAAACUGCCUUCAUUUUAACAGUUCGAACGUCUGAGCGAAAAUAAAACAUAGAUCCGAAUUAUUUUCCACCGAAUUUUCGAAAAAUUAGCAAAUAUAAAAUUCAAGGGGAAAUCCAUCUAUGUCUGACUGCUUUAUGAACUGGUGAAACAAGUAGUGAACCUUCCAAUCUAUUUCUUAAUUGGGUACAUAAGAAUGAAAAUAGCGCCGUUUAAGACAUCGAAAGAUUUAUACGUUAUCCCGAACCAUAUGUUGUUGCUAAACAGGUUGAUGCCGAUUUUAUUCAUCACAGUAUCCAAACAUUCAAGAAUUUAUAUCACUGUAUAGUUUCUUUUAGUUCAUUCCACGCACAUUUGAAAUUGUUAUUUUGUAAAAGAUACUCCAGCAUUAUUUGAAAUAGAAAUCAAUAGAAUGGAAAAUCUACUCAAAGAGUGCAAUGUAGGCCGUACGUAUUAUGUAUUUUUGCUACAGACUAUAUUAUGCAAGAUACCAAUAAUACCAAAUACGUGAAAUAAAUCUUAAAGGGUACUGCCGUGGAAAAAGCCAUCGCGUUUUCUAUCUUCAAUGUUCAGCAGCUCCUGCAGUCAAUUAUAAUAAAUGAAUUGAGGAAAAAUUAAACGGUUUGAACAUUGCGAAAGAAGUGUAAUGCCAGGGCUUCAGUCGCUGCGCGUCACGUGACCAAUAUCGACCUAUUAGAUUUCAGUAGCUCAGAGCACACACUAAUCAGUGAAAAUAAGCACCUCUUCUCACUGCCGAGGCUGCUUCUCUAAAGCAGUACUUAGUUUGCAGUGGGUCGUGAUAUGACAGCUUCUUUUCUUUCAGCCCCUUGGAGAACUGAUACAAUCAGGUACCUACACAACAGAAAUAAUACCACUAACUCGGAAAUGGAAGGAUUAGGAGGGAACGUCCCUUCUAGUCAAUGCAGGAAUUUUCUAUCUCCCUCUGCAUUUGGAGCUCAUCAUAACUCGUUAUCUUCGGGUCCCGCUUACUCCGUCGGAGAUCGAACGCAUUCUGUCAUUUCUGAAUCUGCCAAGCAAUGCAGCCCCUGCCCAGCUCCCACAAGCCCUGCCAACCCAGCGAUAAGUUACGGCUAUCAUUUUGGAAGCAGCUACUACAGUUGUCGAAAUGUUGGCAUUCAACAAACUGGACUGAAAUCUGGUGCCCAUGCAUCUCUGGCCGGUUAUCCAGUGGACAAAUAUAUGGAUGUUUCGGGUUUGACUAACACGCCUGUCCCCACUGACGAGGUGUCAUCCAGGGCAAAAGAAUUUGCAUUUUAUCAGAGCUACCCCAAUCCCUACCAGCGGGUCUCUGGUUAUUUGGACGUUCCAGUAGUCCCUACAAUAAGCGGGCACGGAGAACCAAGGCAUGAAGCCUUAAUUUCCAUGGAGGGCUAUCAGCCCUGGACAUUUGCUAAUGGCUGGAAUGGUCAAGUGUAUUGUCCGAAAGAUCAGACACAGACUCCACAUUUCUGGAAAUCUCCUCUUCCAGGAGAUGUGAUGCACAAUCAGACUGACAUAAACAUUUACAGGCGAGGGCGGAAGAAAAGAGUUCCUUAUACGAAAACUCAGCUUAAAGAACUGGAGCGAGAAUACGCCACAAACAAAUUCAUAACUAAAGAUAAAAGACGAAGGAUAUCCACUGCCACCAAUCUUACCGAAAGACAAGUCACCAUCUGGUUUCAGAACAGAAGAGUCAAGGAGAAGAAAGUGGUUUCUAAAGUCAAAGAAAAUAUACCUUGAUCUCGCAGAUAUCAGGAACCUUGCUGGCGCAUUGUGCAUUACAUGUGAUGGUCUUCCUUUUGGAAAAAGAAACGAAAUGAAUGUGGAAGACUUUCGAGACACAGCUACGGAUUUAUAAACAAAUCUUAAAAUGACAAUUUCCGAAAAAAAAUGUUGUGCAAAUUUAGCGAAAAUACUUGAUCUGACUUCACCACUUUCAAAGAAAUAAGACACUGUUCAGUAUGUGAAUAGUUCCACAUUCACACGUUUGUCUUGUGUUACCGUGCUGGAUUAUUUUCACGAGUGGCAUUGCAAAUACUGUCGCAAAUUAAUGCUUAGUUCAGUCUUAAGUCAUCUUUUCGAGGGUUCAGCUAAAUUGCUGGACGUUUGCAACACCCACAUAAAAUGGCGACUACAACUGAUUACACAAUUAAACACAAAAGUUGACAUUAAAUGAAAAGUAUUUAUAACUUUCUUAAUGCAAAGCAUUUUUAUUUAACAUUUAUGUUUUCAGUCAUGCUUUGCAAGAUGGCUGUGUUGCUAGUGGAUUCAAAUGCUAACAAUAUAUAUCAGCAACAAAUCCAUUCUGUUGUGAAUAAUUGAAAAUAUACUGCUAACAUACCAUUUUAAAUCUGUGCCAGGUAGAAAUUGAGAUAGUUACAGAUUAACUGCGGUACAAUCUCAUAAGAUAUUUUAUCAUAUUAAUCGGCAGCGAAUUUACAAUCAUUUUCAUAAUAAAUUAUUUAGCUUAGAAAGGACUUUCCGUUUACUUACUACAGAAAGUUCUAUAGUAACAUGUUGUCCUAAGUAAAUGUAAGUGUUAAUGCCGAAUUCAAAUGGAAUGCUUGUCAAAUUUAUAAUGUCCUAAAAAGUUAUGUUAAAGAAUGAAAAGCUAUGUUUCUGCCUUGAGUCCUUUGUUCAUUUAAAACUGUUAUUUUCAAAAGAAAUGCUAAUAUAUUUGGAAGCCCCAUGGUAGUUUUGAAUGCGGUGCCUUUAAUUGGAACUUUUUACAGCUGUUACCUAAUUACUAACUUGUUGCGCUGUAUACUUAAAUUGUAAUAAUGAUAACUAUAGGAGUAACAUAGUGGUGAAGUUUGGCAUUAUUUCUAUGUUUUAUGUAUACUUUUAACGCAAGUAUCUGUUCAUUUUGUCCAUCAUUUUCUUUAUACAGACGAGUUAAAUACGAACUCGAGAGGUUUUCUUAACGUUGAUUUAUGCCGUGUAAAAUAUUAAAACAAAUUA